CAUAAUGCACCAUCAAUUCGGAGUCCUGAAAAGCCCGUGGCGGCCUGCUCUGCUCCGCCUUCCUAAGGCUCCUCUUUCCGAACCCUCAACUCAGAACCAGGAAACGCGGCCGGCGACUUAAGUCUAGGAAGCGACCAGAGAGGCAGAGCUCCUGAGGAGGGUCGGCUUCGGCUUCCCGCCGCCGCCGGGCCCACGGAGCCUGGGAACCAGCAGCUGAAGCCACUUCCGUCCCCCUGUUCCAGGACUUUAGAACCCCGGCCCCUCAGUCCAGCUGAGGCCCACCCGUACCUGCUCAGAUCUUGGAGGAGGAGCCGCCGCCGCCGCCGCCGCCGCCGCCGCGUUCCUAACCCCACCGACCUCACGCUGACCCCUCACAGUGCCUGACGGAACAAGGAGCGAAGGACGGAGCACGGGCGGAAUCGCAUCCCAGCGGCCCCCGCGCGCAGGUUCCGAAUCCUGCCUGCUGGGUCGGGAUGGACGAGGACAACCUAGAGACUGCCCUGCAGACCUACCGGGCCCAGCUGCAGCAGGUAGAGCUGGCGCUCGGUGCUGGCCUAGACGCUUCUGAGCAGGCGGACCUGCGUCAGCUGCAGGGCGAUCUAAAGGAGCUGAUUGAGCUCACCGAGGCCAGCCUGUUGUCGGUCAGAAAGAGCAAGCUGCUGUCUACAGUGGACCAGGAGAGCCCAGCUCAAGAGGAUGCUGAGUACCUGGCUUUCCAGAAGGCCAUUGCGGAGGAAGUGGAAGCGCCCGGCGCCCCCUGCAAUGACUCGGAGACGGCCCCUGGGAGCGAGGUGCAGCCGGGAUCCACCUCCUCUGCACUGGAGGAGGAGGAGGAGGACCCAGAUCUGGAGGAACUGAGCGGUGCUAAAGUGAAUGCCCCCUACUACAGCGCUUGGGGCACGCUGGAGUAUCACAACGCUAUGGUAGUGGGCGCCGAAGAGGCGGAGGAUGGUUCUGCGUGCGUCCGAGUCCUCUACCUAUACCCUACCCACAAGUCCCUGAAGCCCUGUCCGUUCUUCCUGGAGGGAAAGUGCCGGUUCAAGGAGAACUGCAGGUUCUCCCAUGGGCAGGUGGUAUCUGUGGAUGAGCUGCGUCCCUUUCAGGAUCCAGACUUAAGCUUACUGCAGACUGGCUCUGCAUGUCUGGCCAAGCACCAGGAUGGCCUGUGGCACCCAGCACGGAUCACUGAUGUGGACAAUGGCUACUAUACCGUUAAGUUUGACUCAUUGCUGCUGAAGGAGGCUGUAGUGGAGGGGGACAGCAUCCUGCCUCCUCUGCGCACUGAGGCUACAGAGUCAUCUGACUCAGACACUGGUGAUGCAAGUGACUCCAGCUAUGCCAGAGUGGUGGAACCAAGCACGGUGGACACUGGGACCUGCAGUUCUGCCUUUGCUGGCUGGGAGGUACACACACGGGGCAUUGGCUCCAAACUCCUCGUCAAGAUGGGCUAUGAGUUUGGCAAGGGUUUGGGCCGGCAUGCAGAAGGCCGGGUGGAGCCCAUCCAUGCUGUAGUGUUGCCUAGAGGGAAAUCACUGGACCAGUGUGCAGAGAUACUGCAGAAGAAGACAAAGCGAGGCCAGGCUGGGUCCAACAGGCCUCCAAAAUGCCGGAGGAGUGGUAGUAGACCUGAGGGCCGCCCACCCCCCCGGAAUGUGUUUGACUUUUUGAAUGAAAAACUGCAAAGCCAGGUUCCUGGGACCCCAGAUGCUGGGGUGGAUACCCCAGAGAGAAGGAACAAAGACAUGUAUCACGCCAGCAAGAGCGCCAAGCAGGCUUUGAGCCUGCAGCUCUUCCAGACUGAGGAGAAGAUUGAGCGGACCCAACGGGACAUCCGGGGCAUCCAGGAGGCCCUAACCCGGAACACUGGCCGGCACAAUAUGACGACAGCCCAUCUGCAGGAGAAGCUGGAGGGAGCCCAGCGGCAGCUGGGUCAGCUGCGUGCUCAGGAGGCUGACCUACAGAGGAAACAGCGGAAGGCAGACACUCACAGGAAGAUGACAGAGUUCUAGCGGCCCUGCCUGUAUUGUGGAUAGAGCCCUGGGACCCAGCUCCAAACUGCCUUGGCAGAAAGACAGCUGUCACCCUGAUGCCUAAACAGCACCUGGAAGAGGAACCAGCCCCUUCUUAGGAUGCCCCUUAAUUAGCCUUGUCAGCCUAGAGUGUGAACACUGCUGAGUAGAGGUGGGACAUCAGGGCUGAUUUUGAACACUUAUCUGCCCACCAAGCCCACCUACCAGUGUCUUGGGGUGUCUCCUUAGGACAUUAAAGUGAUUUCAUCACAAUUCUCUC